CAAAGCCCAAAAGCAACACAAAGCAGCGCAACAGACUCGCACAUCAGACAAAAGUACUUCUGGGCAAGCUGACUGAUCACAUCAGAUCAGACAGUAGCAAUUCCGAGCAAGAAAAUGGUUGCCAGGGUGAUGCCGUUCUGGCUCCUGGCCGCGGUGCUGGUCGCGGCGGCGUCGGCGCAGUCCUCCGGCUCCGGCGGCAGCGACUGCACGUCGGCGCUGGUGAGCCUGUCCCCGUGCAUGGACUACAUCAGCGGGAACGGCUCGUCGUCGCCCAGCGCGUCGUGCUGCUCGCAGCUCAAGUCCGUGGUGCAGUCCAAGCCGCAGUGCCUCUGCGCCGCGAUCGGCGGCGGCGCCUCGUCCUCCCUCGGCGGCGUCACCAUCGACCGGGAGCGCGCGCUCGGCCUCCCCGCCGCCUGCAACGUCCAGACCCCGCCCACCAGCCAGUGCAACGCCGGUUCGUCGGGCGGCGAAGGAUCGAAGGCGACGCCGUCCCUGCCAUCCGGCGCCGCGGCGCUCCGGGGGCCGGCGGGUCUGGUGCUCGGGCUCGCCGUGGCUGCGGUCUACGCCGUGUCAGCUGCGGCGUGAAGCGUGGUGAUUCAGGGUUUCAGGACGCGUUGUUGCGUCGUGUGAAACUUCCGUUUCAGCAUUCGGGGAGGAGGAUUUUGAGUGUUGCGUGUGUGCCUCUACGGAUUUGUGUUAUUUCUUGUGCGAUUGGUUGAUUCCUAGGGUCGCAAUAAAUUUGCCGGUUUAUACAUAUGCCAUGUUCGUUUACA